GAGUAUGACAAUCCGAACAAUACAGAUACUCUCGAGAUCUGUCAGCCAAGGAGACAAAAAAUUUCAUCAUAUUUUAGAAGCAGGUUCUAUUUAACACGUGAGAUCUUUUAGUGCACCGUGACUCAAUGUGAUGCUAAGUAAUUAGUGACGCAGGUGUAAAAUCAGUGCUGUUUGGUAUAAAGGCACACAGUCUUGGUUCUAAAUACUUAUUUACUUGUAAUUGUGAGACACAGUGUUAGCGUCAGCUCAUCAACAGUAUUGAUCUGUCAUUUGACUCCAGAAUUUUCCAAGUGAUCCUUGUGAAAACGGGUGAUAUCUUCUGACCUGAGCAUGGUCUCCGGAACGGUGAUAGCUCUCGGAGCUGUACUCGCAGGACUGGUUUACUUUGUCUUUUUAAGGAAGCCCAGGUGGAAAAAUGCUCCUCCAGGGCCUCGUGGGUUGCCUUUGAUUGGAAAUAUGCUCCAGAUGGACAAAUUUCAACAUAUCACCUUUGGCAAGUGGGCAAAGGAAUAUGGGCCUUUGUAUAAAAUAAAUUUUGCUUCAUUAAACAUGCUUGUCGUCUCGGACUACAAAAUGGUGAAGGAAAUAUUUUCUGAAUCCGCAUUUUCUGGGAGGAUGGACCUUGCAGACUUUGACUUCAUCUUCGACGGCAAACUGCACGGCAUCAUAAGCACCGAGGGCGAACAUUGGGAGGAACUUAGGCGAUUCACGCUGCGACAAUUACGCGACUUUGGUUUCGGGAAGGGCACGAUGGAGGAUUCCAUCAUGUUGGAAGUUCGUGACCUUAUCGACAGUCUUAAAGAGCAUGGCGAAAAACCUGUCGAGAACAUAAAGGAGAGACUUAUGCUUGCGGUUGUGAACGCGUUGUGGGCAAUUUGCACGGGGAUAAGGCACAAGCAGAACGAUCAGGAAUUGUUGGACAUGUCGAAUAAGGCGAACAAUGCAUUCGAAGGAAUUUUGGAUGGUGGGGGUGCCGUCGUAUUUAUGCCAUGGCUCGUAAGAAUUUUCCCAGGGUGGACUGGAUACGAUAAAAUAAAACGGGCACUAUCCGAUUUGGCCGAUUACAUGCGAAAACCAGUAAUUGAUCAUCAGAAGACGAGACAGGAUGACUUUGACAGGGAUUUUACCGACGCGUUUUUAAAAGAGAUUGACAAAACUACGGAUCCAAAUUCGGCGUUUAUGGGGAAGUUGGGUGUGGACAACCUAGUCACCACUCUGGGCGAUUUAUAUUUCGCUGGAACUGACACAACUGCGACCACGCUUUCAUGGAUGAUGCUUUACUUCACUAAAUUUCCUGAAACUCAGAAAAAGUUUCAAUCGGAAAUUGAAUCUAUUACUGGGAAUACGAGGGCAAUUACAGUUUCAGAUAGACCAAAUAUGCCGUACACGGAAGCCUUAAUCGCUGAAACUUUGCGUUUCUCGACUAUUACACCUCAAGGAGUGCAGCACAAAGCCAUGAAGGAUCAGGAAUAUAAGGGUUAUCUCAUCCCAAAGGACACCGUAAUCACGGCAAACGUGUACCAUAUCCAUUUUGACCCGAAAAUCUGGGGUGACCCCGAGAAUUUCAGACCGGAACGAUUUUUGAGCCCGGAUGGCAAAACGUUCAAGAAGCACGACGCCCUGAUUCCAUUUUCGACUGGGAGGAGGCAAUGUCUGGGAGAAACGUUGGCGAGAGACAGCCUUUUCCUCUUCUCAACUAACAUCGCACAAAGAUUCGACAUUGAGUUUGACAAAAAUGGGCCAGAUCAUGGAUUCGAGUCCAAAUUGUCCUUUAUUCUGACGCCAAAACCGUUCAAUGUGAUUUUUAAGGACAGACUAGCUUGAAACGAAGCAAAAUAAUUAAAACUUAACAAUUAUGCACUUUUACAAAUACGUUCUCGCAUGUGUUUAUUUCGAACAAAAUGUUUCUUCUAUUUUAAAAUUUGAAUAAAUGUUUUUUCAUAAAUGUUUAUGAAUA